UUUGGGCCGGUCAUAUAUAGUGGCGGUCCCGCUGGCUCCUUUGGAAGUCCGAAGACAGCUUUAUAGCCGCGAUUUCGGUGAGCAUGGUGACCGGGGCGCUGCUGGUGGUCGCCCUCGCGGUGGCCCCCAUCGCAUGGGCUGCUCCCAUUUUCGAUUUGGGACUCUGCGGAAGCUGGUGGGAUUACUGCGACGAUGAAGAUGAUUCAAAAGAGAGUUCGGGCUCUCCUUCAAGUGCUGGAAUUGCCAUUCAUAACGCCGUGGUGGUAAAUGUCAGCGGAAACAUAGGAACACCAGGAAAUGGGGCCCCUGGAAACGGGGCUCCCGGAAAUGGGACUCCUGGGAAUGGCGCAAUGAGUAGCAACAUGCCAGCAGGUACAACGAUGGCGGCAAUGACGACAAUGGCAAGCGGUUAGAUCUGCAUAACGCUCCGUGGAACGCCUAUUAACAGCAUCUAUAUAUUUUUUAGUAAAAAAUAAAUUAACAACUUUAUAAGAUGUAUCUAACAACGUUUUGAACAAUUUCAGAAAUAUUAAUGUAUAAAAUAGGACAGAGGCACUUUAGG